AUGGUACAUCAUCAGUCGCAUUUUUUUCUGUCUAAAUUAGGGUUGGAAUCAUCGGAAAAGGCGUCACCGCGUGUGGACUGGCAUCAACGAUUGCUAUUCGCUAUAGCGCCCGUAGAAGACAAUUUGGACCGAGAAAAGGAGACUGGUAGGCACAAAAUUAUAAUACAAUGGGCAAGAACUCUGCUACGAAUUUUAGAAGAAAUUCCUGUUAUCGACUAUCCUCUGCAACAACAUCGCUUACUGCCCUAUCUAGCUGCAUACUUCGCCGUUCGACUUUUCCAUAAAAGGCUCUGGGAGUUCUUAACGGAAUAUCUAAUGCGUGUUAUGCAAGGUGAUAAGUCUGCUGAGCUGGCCGAAUUUUCCAAAGAGAUUCACGCGCUCUCUUCGUCGGCUAAGCCAGUAUCCACAUGGCUCGGAGUCGAAGCGUUGAGUGAAGCACGGCGAGCGUGUGGUGGACAUGGAUACCUAUACUGCUCAAGGCUUAAUGAGUUACGCGACAGUUUCGACCCGUCUCAAACGUUUGAGGGUGAAAACCACAUGAUUCUUCAACAGACCAGCAAUGUUCUGCUUGCUAAGGCUCGAGCUAGCCCAAUAUCUUCACCGAUGAAAACAUUCGAUUUCCUCUAUGAGAAAUCAACUCCAUACAGUGGUAAAUUUAGUGAGAACAUCGUAGAAGAUGUAAUUCACGCUUAUAAGUGGGUUAUCCAGUUCUACUUGAAUCGGACAACCGACGACUAUGAGGCGCUUCUUAGGGCUAACGGUGGUGAUGUAUUUGCCGCACGUAACCAUACACAGGUGCAUAGAGCACACACAUUAUCCAUUGCAUAUGCUGAGCUUACAAUCAUCACGUGGAGCCGUAGUUUCGUACAAAAUGUUGAACAGCUAGAGAUAAGGGAGGUUCUGCAUCGCCUGAUUACUCUCUAUGCUCUGUUCGCUUUUGAGAAACAUUUGGCCUCCUGUUACAUAAGUGGAUAUUGCACUGGAGAGAAUUUCGGAGAAGGCAUUCGAUCGAAUAUUCGACGACUUGAGGCCGAAUUAGUACCGGAUGCAAUCCCUUUGGUGGAUGCAGUCGCCCCACCAGAUUUUGUCCUCAACUCGGCGCUAGGAGCGAGUGAUGGAUCACCGUACAAGCAUCUGAUGCGAGAAUUUCGCAAACAUACGAACUCUCGGCCAAACUGGUGGAAAGACUUGAGAGAUUUUCUCGAACAAAACAGUGCAAGACAGUCUAAACUAUGA